UCAACAAGCGGGUUUUGCUUGUGUCGGUUUGUUCGCAGGAUUAUCGGAAAAUAAAUAUUUCUCAUGUUAUUUGUGUUCCGGUAUAAUUACUCUUAUUAGACCACAGUAUUAGGUUUUAUGUGUAGUCAUUAGAGCUCCUAUUGUUUAGAUAUGUGUAUUAUUAUGCCAAAUUACGAGUGACAGAUGUUUUCGGAUUAGAGCGCCACUUUUCGACUGAGUUUUUAGAUAAUUUUAUUUGAAACAUGGAAGAUAUAAAUAAAACUAACGCUGAGAUGGAGUGCAGUGUUUCUGAACCAGCUCCAAAAACAUCACCGCCUGAAGAGUCCACCCCCACCAAGGAUGUGUUGAAGGUCACACAACCGCAGUGCAGCCCCGACUAUGACCUGCUAGACGAAGCAGAGAUGGAAGUCAACUCCGGUCAAAGUGAAGAGGCAUCGAAUGACGCGAAUGCUGCCGGAGCCUCGCCGGCACAAAAGAGUGAAGCUUCAGCCAAAAGAAAAUUAAGUGGCGAACCAACCGACAGCAGUGCGAAAAUUCAGAAACUUGACCAUGUUGAGCCUGAUUCCACGCAAACCCUGGACGACGAAGUCUCGGAGAUAAUCGGGGCUUCCAAACGCUUUGACACCCUUGACGACCCCGUACCAUCCGUCUCUAGAGUCCGCACUCCAGCACGAUCUAGUCCCCGUAGGCUUGCCAAACGAAGCAACAGCGCAGAUUUAGAUAAACUUAAAACACCAAAGACUCCCAAAAGUCGACCCGCCAGCGCAGACAUUACCAAAUCCCGCAAAACACCCCGUAAAGUACAACUAGAUAAACUUAAACCUGACCCCAUUGCCGAGGAAGAUGUCGCUAGCACUUCCAAAUCCAGACCAAGCGUAGAGUUUGUGGCUGAAAUAGAACCCCCAAAAGUUACAGAAAUCAAUACCGAAAACUCUGACCUCAAUGACUCACAAGAUUUCCAACUUGUCUUGUCACCAUCGCCUGUAGAGGACGUUGAUGAAGAAAAAACAGAAGAAAAACCUAAAGAACCAAAUUAUAGCAGCGACCCAGUGGUAGUCAAAGAUCGGAAGGAAAUUCUCGACCCAGGGAAGAUUCACGAAACUCGAAGCGAAGGCUACACCUUUUCCGAUCAAAACAGCAACCUAUCCCAACCGCUACCGAAGGACUUCAAAGAGAAAGCUACCGAUCAAGAGAGCACUGACAGCAUUGGUUCUUUGAUCUUAGAGAGUCCAGACCACAUUCCGACCGUGGCUUCAAAGUUGAUCUCAAAACUUUCCAAUGGAGACUCAUCCACUCCUACCGAAUCGUCAGCUCAAGGAAAACAUGGAUUGCCAGAGAACAGCGACAGUACUCCUGAUAUGAUCAAAUUGAACGGCAGCAAAUCGAAACGAAAGAACGAGUCUUUCAAAAACAGCAACUCAACAACGCCAUCUACUAUUUCUCCGUUACAAAACGGCCACUCAUUGCCGGCCAGUACUCCUCAGAUUCCAGUGUUUGACAUUCACGUGAGCCAUAAUGAGGACUGUGAGUUCUUAUCGCUGUAUGUCGUGAGAAUUGACAACGAUCUCAGCAUGGACAUGUACAAGGAGUACCAAAGAGUUUCCAAAAGGUUCACAAUGGAUGGAUAUCAAGCUGAUGUGUCAGCCACCAACUCUACCUCUAGCGUCACCAGCGGAGCCAUGAUCUCUCUGCCGAACAGGGCUUCGUUUUCUUCAACCAUCAGCUCUUUAUCCACAUUGAGUAGUCGAACGAGCGACGGCAAUUUUCUAGUGCCACAAGCCCCUCGUAAAUCCGUCACGAACCCAUCUACAACGGUUAAAGGGUAUGAUGCGUUGUUGAAGAAAUUGCAAGAGAUAUUCUCACAUGUUCGGGAUACGUCAGACGAGGCAAACAGGUCAAUUUCCGAUGACAAGGUCUCAGUGGGCAUUCAGACUGCACUGUCCAGUGACUCCACCUUAAGCAAUGGCAAUGCCAGCCCGGAAGAAGUAGGGAAAUGCGAUAAGGCAACUCCGAAGAGUUCGCUCAAGAAGUCCCGAGUGCGAGGUCGACGGCAUAUUGCUACAAAGACCAAGCGGGCUCUGUUGCCGACGCAGCUUGAGGAGCCAGAGUUUAUGCACGGUAUGAAUUCUCCAGAAAUGGUGCCAAGUAACGGGGAGAAUGGGAAGGAUUCGUCGAUGAAAUCUCCUAAGGAAGAAAAGCCGCUGUCGACUUUGGUGGCGACGCCUAAAUCUGUGAGUAAGCUGAAGCAAAAACGGCGGCCGACGUCGCCUAGGCCGGUGACCCCUGUGGAGAAAGUUGUAGUCAAACCGGAGUACCCUGGCUUCGCGCCCGAUACAGUUGUGCUAGCCAAAUGGGUGGACAAGCGUUACUAUUCGGGGAAAGUGCAGGAGAUCACUGAGCCGAAUAAGUACUUGAUCAAAUUCGAUGAUGGGCAGAGCAAGAUUCUACUGGAUGACUUCAUAAUCUUCGGGGAUAUGAAGACUUUGCCUCUGCAAGGACAGUCGGUGUAUGCGAUGGUAGAUGAGGAGCAGAAUUAUGAACCUGGUCUGGUUUUGGGCGUGGAGGAAAACGAUAGCGGCACUGUUACAUACAAAUGCACGACUGAUGGGGAUACUCUAGUCAUGGUGACAGCUAGUGAGCUGUACCUAACGGAAGACCAAGCGCGGUCCCUGAAGGAGUCUGUCGCGCGGUCUCACUCGCCGUCUACCCCGUCUACGCCUCGCAACAGGCGACAUAACAGGGAGCUGGACUUGGACAAUAUUAUACAGGGUCCUCGCAGUGCCAGGAAUCGAGAUAAGGGUGUAUCCAGCGCUAAGAAACGGGUGGCUUCGCCAAAGAGUCCUAAAGCAUCUACCUCAGGCGUGAAGAGUCAAGCCAAAAGCACGCCGGUCAGUCGCAAGCGUUUAGCCAGCGAGAGCAGUGAGAUAAGCGAAAGUAGCAACUCGGCACCGCCUGUAAGGCUUGAAGAGGUCGCUGGCGUCGAACCUGAGGUGCAACGCACUCCAAGGAAGAUUGACGGGGUCAAAGCCGGGCCCGGCUUUAUAAAGGGAGCAGCCAAACAGAACAUCGGCAAGAAGAACUCAAAACUGACCAAGUUCGAGAACGACGAAGACACGAUCUCCCAACUGGGCCCGAUCCCGGCGGGCGACAACAAAAUGUUCGCCGGACUACACUUCUUGCUGACGUGCACUGAUACGCCUAGACGGACGAGGGAGAAGAGUCAAAGCCACUACUCAUCUGAGGAGGACGGCGAGACGGCGGGCGCCAGCGCCAGCGCCGAAGACGUGGUGUUCUGCGCCAGACCCUUCCACAAGGAGCGCCUCAAGGAGCAGCUGGAAGCCGGCGGCGGCGUCGUCUACAGCCACUUCGACGAUGUGCCAAAGAACAAAUACUCCGUCUGCAAGCUCAUCUCACCUCGUCCUUGCCUCACCGCCAAGUACAUCCAGUGCCUCGCGGCUGACAUUCGAGCAGUGACCCACGGGUGGGUCAUCGAGAGCUGCAUCAAGAAUCAACUGGUGGACGUCGAGGCGUAUCUGCUCCCGGCUGGGUGGUCCUUGCAGAAGCAGCAGCAUAUUGAUUGGGCGCCGUCAUCAGGCAAACGCAACACGUCCUUCUUCAAGGACAAGCUCAUAGUGCUAUGCAGCGACAACGACAGCACAUUCCUCAAAUUUUGGGACCGAGUGUGCACCCUUGCGGGAGCCAACACGCGCGUGGUCAACGAAGACGAUCUCAACAUGGCCGGAGCCCUGGCCCUGGUCACAGAGUGGGACUGCCCGCAUGAAGUCCAGAACAAAGCCAACCAAGAUAAUAUCCCACUCGUCUCCACACACUGGGUCAUCCAAUGCCUGGUCGAAGCCAAGGUGCUUGACCCCAACGGUCAUGCCAACUUCUCAUUUGCAUUUACGGAGCAAGAAUGAUCCUGGGACUUCAGAAAAUACCUCAUAAUACGUGAAUUUUGACACUUAGAGGUAGCGCAGUGACGCAUAGUGUUAAGUGCAGUGUUAAAAUGGAAGUGUAGUUUUAAGUGGUCCGAUUUGGAAGUUGGGUUGAACUGGUCUGGUGUGUAGGUAAUAAAUAAGAUUGUAGCUAGUGUGAAAAUUGGCAACUAUAGUCAAAUAUUUGAGAGAGACUGUGAUUAUGGGACUGCUGAAAAUGGAAGGUUAGAAAAUAAAUUACAAAUAAAUUACAAUUAACAAGUACAUACUAUUACUAUCCGUGUAUAAACGUAAUAAUUCAUCUCCGUUUUCCAAUAUUUUCAUAGGUGUACUUUCUAUUUGUAAUGUCACUUGUGAUUCUCAUUGUGAUCUCCAAACUUAAUGUAUUAUUGCAAAAAGUCCAUUUAAUAUGUUAAUCCUACAUAAAACUAGUAAUUUGGCAUAAAAUGUUGAAGAAUACAAUAGAAAUAUAUGGAAUGUUAGAUCAAUGGUUCAACCCUAGUAAAAUUUGAAAAUCAUGAAAGACGUUUCGUCACUAAUAUAAAAUUAAUAUUAUUGACUAUGUACCUGAUACAACAGGUCCAUUCUAAAUGAUCUGCAGGUAUACUUAUAUCGUAGUUAAGUUAUAAUAAGUACAGUGUGAAUUUUCCCAAUGAUCUAUUCUUAUAUACUCUUAGUGUAAAGUUGUGCAAGCAACAAAUCUGUUUUCUUGUAUCAAAGAAUUUGUCGAUGUUUAGGGUAAGCUAUAAUGAGUAUUACAGCUUGAUUCAUGUUAACUAUAAUAUAAAAAACUUGGCGAGAAUGCAAUGAACCGUGGCUAAAUGUAGUGUUUACGAAAGUUGGAUAUAAUUAAGGUAUUUAACAUCUAAUGUUUAAUCUUACUAUUCCUACGGGGACUUGAUAUAGUCAUUUAUAAGCCCGAUUAUUUAGUGGGUAUUGAGUACUAUAAGUUGUCUUUAUAAUAUGACCUGGUACAUUUGAUGUUGCUUAAAUAUGUGGGUUGUACCUUUGAGUCAGUAUGUACGAAGAUACUAUAGUAAAUGUUGGAGCCUUUGUCAAGGUGACAGUUGUAUUCAAAUAUUAAGUGUAUAUUCUUAGGUAGUCUAUACAGAGGCGAUUUAAUGAAAACUUGUAUUACUUAAAACUUAAAUGUCAGAUGCAGACUAACUUUUACUAUGGAACAAAAUCCCCAUUUAUGCUAAAAAAACAUUACAAGAUUUGAAACUACAUUGAUGUUACUUUCACAAUUCAAGUGUUGAUGAUUAAUAGCUGAAGAUUAAGGACAUACAAGAUUUAAUAUUUUAUCCUAUGUGUUAAUAUUUAAGGAAAAUUGCUAAUUAAAGGUAGCAUAAUACCUUUUUGUGUGCAUUUAGGUAAUAGAUGCAAUUAGUUGUAAGAAGAAAAAGGUGAUUUGCCUUGAUAAUGUAAGAUAAAAUGAGGGUGAGAUGUGUGAUCACACAUAUUGUUUUAAAAUUCCGGAGGAUCUACUAUAAUGUGGAAACCUCAUCGAGCAAUGUGCGAUUGACAUCAGUACAUCUUUCUAUGUGAAAAGAAUUGAUGAAUCAGAUUUGUGCGACUUAAAUAAGUCUGAAUAAAAGUAGGUAAGAUUCUAGCUUAACAUAUUAUUGUGUGUAAUAAUUGGUGAGUAAACUUGGUCUCAUUUAUACAUAAUCUAGUGGUAUUCUAUUUUUUGGCAAUAUUCCUAAGUUCUUGACAGUUUUAUUUGUUGAAAUUAAUUUUCUUGUGCUUGUUAUAAACAAAGCCUUUUUUCAACAAUAAUUUAUAAUAUUAUGUUCACAUUAUACAUUUAUUGAAGGAUUUUUUGAAAGAACUAAGUGACUAUUUAUAACUAAAUGUAGACUUUAAAUAUCCUUCGAUAAAUGUAUGUUGUAUUGCUAAAAGAUGCUUAGUGAUAUUUUGACUUCGUGAUAUGUUUGGAUAGUAUUUUUUUAUUUGCUCUUUAAUUUCAAUCAUGUAUGACAUUUUUAUUUUUAUUUUCUUGUAGGUGGAAGCAGUAGGUAUUUUUACUUUAUUGACUUCUCGUCGCAAAUUAGCUUAAAAGUAGUCUUAGGAGAUAUUUUUAGCCCCCAUGUUCAUAAAAAUAUUAUUAAACAGGAUGAAACUCCAUUAGCUAAUCUCCCGUUUGGGUAUUCUUUUUCUGUCAAAUCUUGACAGUGGUGUUCACAGCAGACAAUUAGCUAAAUGGUUGUUUUAAUUAAUUUAGUUUUUAUGAAUAAUCGGGGAAUAACAUUCUACAUUUAACUUCAAACUGUGCUAUUUUCAAAGAUCGAUGUUUUUUGGACCAUUCGGGAAUUUAUCAAAAAAUUGUCACUGUAUGUACGAAAAUUAAAGCUUGAUCUGUACUGUAUAUACCUACCGUAUUUAAUAAGUGUUACUAAUUUAGAUAUAAUAUCUAAGACAUGACUGUCAGGCGAGUCAUACCACAAAGUCUAAAACUAAUUCAUAGUUACAAUUUCAUCGGAAAUUCAUAGCUGUAUUUGACUCGUAUUGAUAUCUGUAAUUAAUGUUUCAGAGUUAUCACAAGAUAUUAAACUUUUUGGAUACAUUUUAAUUAGUAUUCUAUUGAGGUGUGAAUUAGUAUUAUCUAAUGUCAAAUGACUAUGAAUUUCUAUAUUUUGUCGUAGAGUUGAUGUGAAAUUUUGGUUCUAGUGACUUUUAGUCAAUAAACAUGCAUUUUAAUUAAUUUGAGCUAUAUGUUGGUGGAUUGACACAACAUUAUUGUGUUCUCGCAUUUUGUAGUUGUCUUUAUUUGUUUUUGUUAUGUUGUCGUAAUUUCGUUGUAAGAUUGUAUGGAGUCAUGGUAGAAAAUUAAAUGUAAUG